UUUUUCUUUUCUUUUUUUAAUCAUGCCAACUACGAGGUUAACAGCAGGAAAAUCGCCAAUGGAAAGCAGCACCGUCAUGAAAGAAUCUUCCCUUGAGUCACGUAAAUUUUUUUUGGAAGCCAAAAAGAAACGAGAGGCACUGUUAGAUCCUACACCCAAACAACGCAUCAUGGUUCAGUUUCUUGAGGCGAUUUUAAAUGUGGAUAAACGAUAUCUGUUAUGGACACCAAGACAUGAAAACGCCAUCACAUUCGACAUUAUUGAAGAUCGUGUCUACAAGGGAAAAUACAAGGACCUAAAUGCCUUAAAGUCUGAUUUUGAUGAGUUGUUGUUGACUAUUUUACCCUUCACUCGUUCCUCCCAUACAGACAUGGACGCGUUUAAAGAACUCUACGCAUUUGCCGAAAACAGCCUACGAUUCGAAUCGAAACGAUUAAAUCAACCCAUUACAGAAUCAGAAACCCUAUAUCAGCUCUCCGCCUUAUUUCGACCUACACCUGAUGGUUAUGCUUUUACUGACAUGACCUUAAAGAAUUCUUCUGCUGGCCCUUUGACUAAUUUACCAUCCAAUGUACAAGAGAUUAUAAUUCAUCCGGCACCACCUGCGAGGGAAGAAGAAGUGCCUUCACUCAAGCAAGUGGUUGCACCACCACCGAAAUAUUUCGCCAAAACGUUGAAACAUGAAGAUAAACCCAUAUUACCCAUCCAAUGGUUAGAUUUUGGUGCGUUCUCGAGUUUCGCACCCGCUUCUGAUUCCAACAAUGCCAACGCAACGUAUGAACACACCUAUAUGGGACGAUCCGCAAAAAGACACAAAAGACAGGAAAAUCAACCCAAAUCUAUCGCCAGUUUGGAAAAGGAGUCAGAUACAGAGAUUAAUGCAUCUUGGUUAGCACAACAAGGUCUUGAUAUCAACGUGAUUGAAGCAGCCAUGGAUAAAGCACCCGAAAAUGUGAAUGAAGAAUUAGAGCGAAAUAGUGAAUUAUUAGAGGAACUUGUCAACUAUCAAAAAACUAGAUUUACGGAUGGAAAGGAGUCAGACUGGAAAGCUGUUGAUGAAAAGGAAAUUGAGAUUGCCAAAAUAUUAGAAAGCAAUAUGACGAAUAUGUUGGCGAGAUUACCACCCAAUGCGACAACGAAUAAUGUGGUUAUAGAAGAGACGAUGGAACGUUUGCCUAUGUUUGAGUCGGCCUACAGAGGCACAUUACCACCUCACAAAAUAUUUUCUUUCCCUACAACCGAGAAAGCCGAGAAUUUACCACCUUAUGCAAAUAUCACACCUACCUAUUCCAAAGAUAAUUGGCGUCUAGUGAAGGUAUCUCCUUUACCUCCUAAAGACUUAAAAGAUACGCAUGGGCCUCCUCUUGUGAGUAUGUUGGAACAACAACAAUUAAAUUUCUUUUCGAAGCCACCUUUUCCUCCUCCUCUUCUUCCACAACAACAACAACAACAACAGCGUGUGCCUACACCUGGACAACCUUUUGCGUUUCAACAAAGAAGAUAAUAAUAAUAAAAUAAU